AUGUACCAACACAAAAAGCCUCAAUCAAGAAAGAGUUCAUCUUCAUCAUCCACUAUGGCUGCUGCUGCAGGAGCUUGGAAGUCAUCAUAUCUUCAAAAUGAAGGUGAUGCUCGUUCGACAAGUUCAACUCCUUCAGAAGUUUCCUAUGAGGCAGAAUUGCAAAGACGAUUGAGAAAGUAUACAAAACCAAAUCAGGGAUUAUUUUUUGAUGAUGAUGAGUUAUACCAAUUAGAUCAAGGAAGUGAAUUAUCAUAUAAUGAAGAUCCUAUGGAUAAAAUAGAUAAUGAAAGUUCAAAGGAAUUACUCAGGGAAAGCAAACUCACAAGAAUGGAAGCUAAGAUCGGACUAAUACAAUCUAACCUUACAGAGUUAAGGGAUGAGAUGAGAAGAAUACAAAAUCCUUCACCAGCAUCCUCUUCAAUAAGAGAUGAUAGAAAAACAACAAAACAGUUACAACAAGAGUUGAGAAUUGCAGAUGGUAUUCUUAAGAGGCUCGAACAAGAAGAAUUGGAGGAAAGUAACCUAACUCCAAAGAAGACUUCAAUCAAACAUGAUUUAAAUACUACUGAUAAUGAGGACCAAUCAAAUGAUAUGGAACCUCUCAUAGAUCAAGAAAUGAACAUUUUAAAGAGAAUAUAUGCCGAUAACUUGGAAUUUCUUUUGGUGGUAUUGAAAGAAAUGAAAUUCAUUACUACAAACUCCUCCAGAAUGGAAUGUUUGGAUUUUUUGAGUCAAAUAAGAAAGAAGGAAGAAAACGAAAUUGAAAAGCUCAAAUCUCCAAAGAAGAUUGAAAAUGUUGGAUUCAACAAAUCAUCCUCAAGUCUUUCUAGAACAUUACCAUUUAGUGAUGGUGGAUCUGUCGCUACAUCAGUCAGAGCAAUGAUUAGUUCUGAGAAAGACACAGAGAGUAUUAUCUCUGAAGACACUGCUGACCAAAGCUUUAGUGCCACUGCUGAUCUAAUUGGAUUGUUAACAACCAAAGUUGAAGAACUUCUUAUGAGAAUGGCUUCUGAAAAACAAGAUGAGGGUUUCAGAGGUGCCAUAUCUAAAGGAGAUGUAAUACACAUUUGCAAGGAAACGUGGUCAUAUUUACAGGAACUAGAAAUUGAAUGUGAGGUUGAAACCAUUAAUCCAAUAUUUGAUGUUUUGGAAUUAUUCAUUGGAAAAAUGUUGGAUAGUCAAACUCAAGAGGAUAUGCUUACUGAUGUUAUGGAUGUAAUUACUACUUACUUGUUCUACUAUAGAGCAGUUUCUCAUCUUGUCAAUAGCACUUCAGUAAUGUCAACAAAGGACCAAAGAGCAUUUAUUGAACCAAGACUCGAAAAAUUGAGACAGAAAAAAGAUAUUGACCUUGAUAGUAUAAUAAGAAAUAGAAGUCAAUACAUUAAUUUUAAAGAACGUCAAGUGACACAAUCUGAAGAGCCAUCAAAUGCAGAUGACGAAGAAUCAAGUUUUAUUGACGAGGAAGAGGAAGACGAAGAAGAGCAAUCUGAUAGAAAUUAUACACCAUUGGAUAACUUGAUGACUCUGGAAGAAUUGAUGGAAAAGAAUGGACUCAAUGAAAUGUAUGAGGAAGAAAUGAAACAAUCAGAGGUGGGAUAUAGUCAAGGUGAUGAUGGAGAUUCAGCUGAGGAAGAUAUGCCAGGAGAAGAUGAGGAUGUUGAAGUCCCUGUCGAAGUUUUGAGAAACAAGUACGCCAUUCCAACUGAUGACUCUCCAAAAUCUACCAGUCCCAAAAGAGUAGAAGAAGGGAAGAAAGCAAGAGAUUCCAAUGUUUUGAAACAAUUGGGAUUAACUGUUAAUAGUGAAAAAAUCAAAAGAAUGAUGGAAGAUGAAGAAAAUGAUCUUGAAAUACAGUUUCUCUCAAGAAAAAAGAAUAAUGAAUCGUCGACGAGCAGGGAUAACCACUCUGACUAUUCGGAUGAAGAUGAGAGCAAUAUUGAAUAUUAUACAGCCGAUGAGGAAGUACACACAAUAGCUAAAAAACAAUUCUCUAGUUUAUCGGAUAACCUCCACAUUAAAAAACAUAAAAUUCAAGUCAUAGAGGAUCCGAAUGAUUGCAAGGAAUUUCCAGUGAUUGAAAGUUGGAAGUCUUUCGGUUUGGAUAGAAGAAUAAUAAGUUCAGUGUUUAGACAAGGUUUUCACGAACCAACUCGUGUACAACAAAUUGCCAUUCCUAUUGCCUUGUCAGGAAAGGAUAUUGUUUGCAGUUCAUCAACAGGAACAGGUAAAACAGCAGCUUUUUUGAUACCUUCUAUUCAAAUGGUUUUACAUGAGAAGAAAAUUAAUCAAAUUACACAAGAAACAAAUAGAGUGAAGAAAAUUGCAGAAAAUUUAAUUAACAACAAUGUGACAACAUUAGAUAACUCAUCAGUUGAAAAGAGAGGUGUACGAGUACUUUAUCUUGUUCCUUCUCAGGAAUUAUGCAUUCAAGUACAUCAACAAUGGAAGUUAUUAGCACAUUUUUGUAGAGAUGAAUGCAAUUGUAUUUAUUUCAGAAGUGAAUUGAAUCAAUUACAACAAGAUAUUAAGGAUUUAUGUGAUAUCCAACAUCCAAUUUUGAUAACAACUCCAGAAUCUCUUACCUAUGCAUUGAAUAAUUCAUCAAUUUCCUUAAAGGAGUCUCUCAAACUUGUUAUUAUCGAUGAAGCUGAUCAAAUUAUUCGUAGUCAACUUGAAUUGAUUAAAACUUUGGUAAAUAAGAAUUUACCAGGUAUUUUCCAAUGUAUUCUCACAAGUGCCACGCUGAAAGCAGAACAAGCUGUUACACUUCGACAACAAUUACUUAAAGAUCCAGUUGUUAUUCAACUUGACAGAAGAACACAAGCAUUAGAAGGAAAACUCUAUCAAUACUAUGUAGAUAUGAACAUUAUGCAAGCCAAACUUCCAAACAUCAAGGUUAACUCUAUAAUGCUUCUCUAUCACUUUAUCAAUCACAAAUUUUAUGGAGGCAGAGUGAUAGUUUACGUGCCUGCAAAUAAGUUAUUCUUUGUCUAUUUUGGACUCAAAGCUUUUGGUGUAAAUUGUGCCAUGUUGCCAUAUUUCUAUCCAACACUUUCUAAAAUUGAUAUUAUUAAGAGAUUCAAUACUAAUGAAUAUCAAGUUUUGAUCAGUACCAUGGAACCAGAAGCAAACAAUGAGGAAGAAGAUCAAAAAGCAAAGGAUGAAUUAUAUGUUGCCAAUAGAUUUACCGAAAUGAUUGAACAAUUAGAAAGACGUGCCAAAGGUAUUGAUAAAACCAAGCACAGUACAACAGUUUCUCACCUUUCUAGAGGUAUUGAUUACAAGAGAGUUGCUGCAGUCUUGUACUUUGACUUGCCUAAAUCAUGUACAGAGUAUAUUCACGGUGUUGGACGUACUGCCAGAGCUGGUAAUGUUGGUGUUUCAGUCACAUUUGUUCAACCAUAUGCUGAUAAGGCAGAAUGGGAAAAUUUAAAGAAGGAAAUUGAAUCAAAAUAUGGUAUUGAGGAUGGCCUAACUCCAUAUCCUCACAUUGAUAUGGACCAAGUGUUUGAAAACCAAUAUCGUGCUAGUUUACUUGUUGAGCAUUUUAACAAGGCAUUCGCUGACAAGUAUAAGGAAGCUGUUGAGAUGGAAAUUUCCAAUCAAAUAAGACUUGCAAUGGGUAAGCCAGUUUCUCACGAUAUGGAACCUCCAUCCAAUGUUGAAUUUGAAGAGGCUAAUCCAGGAUUGGUAAGACAAGAUCCUGUACUUCUUAAGGCAGGUUUACUUGCCAAUAUAACAGCUAAGGGAGAUACAAUUAGAAGCAAGACUGAUGUCUACAGCAAGGGCAAAUCCUUACAGCCAAAAUCUCUCGAUAUGAAAUCUUUGGUCAGUAAGAAAUUACAAGUUGAAAUCAAAGCUAAGGAUCCUCUGUUCCACUUCCAACAAGUCUUUGUUGAACAAACUAUUGAAAGAAUGGAGAAUGCUGCACCUGUAGAAAGUUUCAUGAACAAGCUCAAUAAUAACACUCUAGGUACAGAUAACAUUAUCAAACAUCAAAGAGACUAUCUUGUCAAUCCAAAGAAGACUUUUGAAAUCAAACGGUCUAUUGCCACUUCACACAAGCAAAAAGUAGAAUCUCUCAAGAGAGGUUUAGCCAGUGUUGACGUUCUUAAUCCACAUAGAAAGAAAUUCAAAGAUGGUUUCCAACAAAAGACAUUUGAUAGAGGAUUCAAUAAUAAUUACAAUAAUUUUGGAGAUAGAAACAAUAACAACAACUCUUACAAUGAUAGAGGAGGUUAUAAUAGAAAUGAUAGAGGAAACUAUAACAACAAUUAUAAUAACUAUAACAAUAAUAACAACGAGCAACAAGAAGGAUACGACCAAAACAAUCAAGAUAAUAACAAUAAUUAUAGAAAUAAUAGAGAUAACUAUAACAAGGGUGGAUUUAAUAGAAAUAAUAACUAUAACAAGUAUUCUGAAAAUAAUUACGACAAUAACAAUGAUACUAAUUAUCAAAAUGAGCAAGUUGAUGACUCUUAUAAUAAUACAUAUGAAAACAAAUACAAUAGCUAUAAUAACAACAACAACAGCUAUGGUAACAAUAAGGGUUAUGGAGACAAUUAUCGAAACAACAAAUACGACAAUAAUUAUAAUGAUAAUAGUAAUUCUGAAUCUUACAAUGAAGAAGGUGGAUCAAAUUGGAAGCAAGGAGGCUAUAAAAAGUUCAACAAUAAUUACAACAAUAAUUAUAAUAAUAAUUAUGAAAAUUACAAUGAAUAAAAUAAUUUAUUGUAUUCUUUGUCUA